GGGAGUGUGAGGAGGCGAAAAGAGAUCGUGACGAGGCUUCUAUCGCUUUGCGGGAUGCGUGGGAAGAACUUAAAUUGUGCCGUGCGAAGCUGGACAUUGUUUGGCCAACACACCGCGCUGACACGGGUAACUUGACACCGACGGAGAUUCUUUCCACGUUUGGAAAUUACAAAGCCAUUUUCCGACACAAUCGUCACAGGAAGACCGGUCGUGCCGAGGGCGCCUCCGUUUCCCAUGAAGAGAAUGAAAGGGACGACGGCGAAAUCACCGUGCAAUUAUGUGAUGGGUCGAUGGAAGAGCAGGUCCGCGAGCUCCACGAGGCGAAUGGUGCGUUGCUGGCGGAGCUGGAGCAGUUGCGCAUCACGAACGAAAUGCAAGCCGAGCGUCUACGGAAGAUGGAGAGGCAGGUGCGGCGAGAGCGAGAGGAAGUUCAGGCCUCUGCGGAGGCGUUGGAACAACGGGAGGAGGCCACACAGCAGUUUUUGCAAACCCAACUUGAUCGUGUGGCGUUUCUUGAGGCUCAAGUGCGCUCGUUGCGUGGCUAUGAUGUGUCACCGAACGUGUCCCUGCGUGAGGUUGGUCCUGGGGAAACGGUGUUUGAGCUUUUUCUUGGGCAGAUCUUCUCCACAGAGACGCCGGAAGGCGUGGGACUGCGUGACACGUUUCCACCGAUUUUUUGCUCCGUGGACUUCUUGCUGCAUGAGACCGUUACGACGCCAAUUGUGACUGGGCUUAACGGCUUUCUUGACACGACGGUCUCGUUUUGUGUUGCCAUGGACGCACUGCUGCAGUACUACCUGCGGUCGCGUAGUCUGCUUGUCCAACUGCACCGCGUGCGCUCGCAGGACGAGAUCCAUAAAAUUGUGUCUGCAAAAAGUGACACACACGAGCCUCUUUACGCGGAGCGUCUGUGCGCGACGCUGGCGGAAGGCUCCAUUAGUUUAAGCGCUUUUGUGUUGGAUGAAAAGUGUCGCCAAGCUCAGCGGCCCACAGUUCGGGGACAUAUUCCUUUGCGCACCACAAAUGGUCACCACAUUGCUUCGGUCGAGUUUACGGUGACGGUUCGAACUCCAUUUAGCGACUCGUUCCGCGCGUUGGCCGCUGAGGCAAGUAGAGAGUGGGGCCCAAAGCUGACGGAAACGAACACACCAGCGGAAGUAAAUAUACCGCGGGGAGAAGGGAGGAUGCAGUUGGUGCCGACAACACAUCCUUCAGAGGCCUUUGGCUCGGUUUCCACGACCUCUUCCUCUUCAAUGUCUCUAUUGGACUCGAAGAUACAGGACCGACCUUCCGGUUUUACGCUUGUUCCACGUGCCGCUGUAAUGGCCAGCAUUCCUUCCUCUUCUUCCUCAUCCACCAUCCGCUUGCUGAUAGUGGAUGUGCAUAGACUGCAUUUGCCACACAACUUGGCCCCUGUUCCUCGUCUUUCAUGUUACUAUGCAUUGACUCCGCUUGGUCGGGAUGUGUACCUCCCUGCUCCACCCACCCCACGAUACGAAUACGAAUAUUUACAGGAAGGCGGUCAUGGAGGAACACUUUUUCCAGUUGUUUCUGUGCGGGAGCUACUGGCUGUAACACGUGAGCCCUUUAUGUUGUUUUUUUUUGACGAGUCAUCACCGGCAGCGCACAGUAGUGAAAGACAGGGUGAAUGUCCGUACUGGGCAAUGGCCAGAGCAGAGUGGCGACUAGCGCUCGAGCGACCAGAGGAAUACGUCUCGCUGGAGUUGCCUUUGAUGGAUCCGCAGGGAUGCCAUGUUCAGGGGGCCUUUCUGCAAAUUCGGUUACUUGCCACAAAAAAUACGCAGGCCACCGAGGCGGGUUCAGCGGUGGCUCUGCAGACGGCCCGUGCUGUCAAUACAGGUUCGCGAGAGCAAUCGCGAGAAUAUGGGCACCCGGCCGGCGCGGUGAGUCUCCCACGGGUCUUUAGAAAUGCGCAUGCCACCCAUGACGACAAUGCUACCGGUGAUUCUGCUGCUUUGGUCAAUGACGUCCCUACAAUUACAUCAGGCGGUGGACGCACGUAUGACAACACUUUGGAGUCUGUUGAGGUGGAGAUGAUCCGGCGGCAACUGGAUGGCUAA